UUGUGGCCUCACUAAGGUUCAGUGUGAGCACUGACGCUUCCAUGAAGACCUUUAACAUCUUUAAACUUUCCAUUCCACAAAAGAUUCUUCUUAUAGUGGAAAAUGGUUCUUUAUGUUAUUAAAAAGUUCUCCACACAAGAACUGAUCACUGAAAGGUUCUUCUGUGAAAACAUCCUUUAUUUCAUGAGACUUUCUCAUCAUAGGGAGCUUUAUAUUGGACACGGUUUGGGUUUUGCAGUGAUGCCACAGAAGAACGAACUUUUCAGUGAACGGAACAAACAUUUUUUUUUUCCUAGUGUGUAUGGCUUAUAAAUCUACCUUUUUCCACUAUCCCCUGUUCAAGAGCUGUUUUUCUGUCUUAUAGUGUCACACAAACAUAAAGAUGCUCUCGAAGCUACGUGUGAACUCAAAUCAAAUGUUUAAUUCUCAUGCCAUUAAACCAGUCCUUACUGGUUCCUCAAGUUUAAUUAAAGAAACUGUGAAUUCCACAAAUAAACCGACACAUGAUGUUUAUAAUUGCUUCUUUGUGUUGUAAGUGAAAGUGUUUUAACUGAUGAUUGAGUGCCGUGCCGGCUUUAGAGCAGAUCUGUCUCACACUUCUUCAGACCGACAGAAACACGGCCGUGAACAUCACACGUCUGCAGACGAUGGACGACCAUUCUGCUCCUAAACCGGCUCCUCGAUUGGCUCCAGGGCCACGCAAGUCGGUGAGGAAUGAGAGCGGAGAGAGCCACCCGCUGGACCCUGGACUCACUCGGACCGGACUGGAGCGCUCCAGUGGAGACCAGCCAGUGACCGCGAGAGAGAAUGUGUUUGAGAAACAUGAGGUUCCUCCGCUUCCACAUCCGAGGACUAAACCCGGAAGCAGAAGCCCUCCUGAGAUCAUUACACACUGUUCUGAGAAGAAUGCCACUUUCAUAGCAACUCUGGAGGAUCAACUGAGUAAGCGAUUUCAGAACAGCGAGCCACAGCAGGAAAAGAAAUGCUUUCCGAUGGGAAACACUCUGAGAGAAUCUACAGUGGUUUCAGAUUCAGACUUCAGGUCCUUCAUGCACACUGCUGAAAGUUUCACAAACACUCUUCAGGUCUUUGUUUCUCAUCUGCCAAGCUGUGCAAGCGCUCUAGAGAGACAGAUCGCUGAGCUGCAGGAAGUGGCUGAUGGUGUGGAUAAGACGCACAAAGGCGUGAGGAUCGCUGGCAUCACCGGAGGAGCCACAGGAGCGGUGGGCGGCGCGGCGGCCGUGGCCGGGAUCCUCCUGUCCCCCGUGACUCUGGGAGCGUCUCUGGCCAUCACCGUGGUGGGGGUCGGGGUCGCGGCCGCUGGCGGGGUCACGGGGGCCUCGGCCGCCAUCACCAACAAAGUCAAAAAAAAUCAGGUCAGGAAGAAGGUGGAAACCAUCCUAAAGGAGUGCCAGAGUGAGAUGGAGGAGGUUGAAGGUUACUUGGAAAGCAUCAGCACAGAGAUGGGAAAGCUCCGAGAAUAUGACCUGCUGACGCUGGAGCGCGUGAAUGUGAAGUCUGCAAAGAUCGUGCGGCUCGUCGGGAUAGCAGGAGGAACAUCGACGGCGCUGAGCGUGAUGAGCCGGUCCUCGGGCGUGGUUCAUGGCUUCGCCGUCGGCAUGGACCUUUACUUCACCGGACAAGACUCAGAGAAACUCAAGAAAGAGUCAAAGACCAGAUUUGCCCAGCAGAUCCGUGAGGUGGCAGAACAGAUUCAGACCGGGCUUACAGAGCUGAUGAACAUGAGAGAGAAACUGCUCUCAGAACAGAUAUGAGGUGUUACAAUAUGGUGAAGGAAAGGGUUGUUUCUUCGUUUGGUGUCUGUGUUAAGUUCUUGUGUUGUAUUCAGAAUAAUAAAAAAAGAUCUUCCUGAAUCUUUAGAAUAGUUUGAGCCUUUCAUGUGUGAGCAUGCUUUCUCCUCUCCAUAGUGAAUAAUCAGAUCACACAAGCAGGAAAAACUAUUGAUGGUCACUAGAGGUCACACUCGCACAGUUUCUUAUCCUCCUGCGCAGGCAUGUGUUCUUGUGUUGUACCUCUGCAAAAGUGUCAAAAUAAUUACUAUUAAAAGAUUUUCCUGAGAUUUAA